AUCUUGAUACAUUGAGGACUAGACUAAAUUCAACAUUUUCUAAUGUUUUCUGGAUCAACAUUUAGAGUGGGUUGUCGUAUUAAAGUUUUGCUUCACAUUUAAAUAGCUUAUGAUUGUCUUCGAAAAGUUGAGUUUCGUUGCCAAACCUGAAUUCAAGUGAAUUGUUUUCGAUCAAUCUCGUGCGUUGAGGUUAGGUAGUGAGACUCGGGCUCCAUGGGGAGAGGGUUGCUGUGGGCAACGGCCGAAGACCUGGCGAAGAACAAGCCGCUGGUGUUGUCGCUGUAUAGGCAGUACCUGAGAGCCUUGAGUUCGACGCGAUUGGGGCUGGGCUUCGCUGCCCAACAGACCAAGAAAGAACAUGUCAGGGAGAUUUUUAACAUGGGAGCGGAGGAGCGGUCGAUACACAACAUUCGAGAAUUGAUUGCUGCUGCCGAGUAUACACUCACGCAAUUACGGAAGGGUCGGAUACCUCGUGAGAGCUACAACAAGUAAUGGGUGACAAUUUGAGUUGGCAAUUUUUCGUAAGUAUCUCUUAGAGAGUUUCUUUCAAGUUUGGAGGACGUAAUUUCGGACUCCUACACGCAUUCCAUUUGAUGCACUGAAGGAACAGGGUCCGACAAACUACGAUGCUUUGUUUAGGGUUCGACGCGUUGUCAAUUUUUGAAUAAAGUCGGUUUUCGCACAGGAAGCGGAAACCAGCAUCGAUUGCCAACUAGUAGAAGAAGAGGUCGCUGUUGUUUGUGAGAUGAGGGUUCAGUGACUUACUCAUGCAAGAUUGAAAUAACCUAGCGCACAAUCGAAUCUCAUGACUUAGAGAGAAUGUAUUUACGUGGAGAAGCACAUGUGAUAACUAUGGGGCUGUAUGUUGACAAAGAUAGUUCAAGCAUUACAGCUGCAUUGCACAUUUUUCUUCUCAGCUGUCCAACAAGAGAUUGUAUUCAAAAUACACAUGCCGGCAUUCAGCACGUGCACCACCUGGAAUGCUUGUUCUCGACAUAGAUAUGAGCUUCAUGGCGUAGAUGCGCGGGUGUAGCAAAAGAUAGGAUUUGCAAUUCAAAUAACCUAGCAAUGCAGAUAUUUGGAAAGCACUGAAAUGCAACGAUUCGACACUCUCAACGCAGACCCGCUCUAUGUGUCAGCCAUUCAAAGCUCUGGCCACCUACGAAGUGAAACUGGAGUGGAGAACUCAGUAGAUCAGCAAGUUGAGACUGAGUCACUAGCAGACCUGAUGAUUCAACACAAGACUAGUGAUGCACCUUCCAUGAAGAUUGAGUUUAUAACUGCCUUUCCAUCACCAUGUGGUGAUUCUUCAAGGCCGCUUAGAGAUAUUGCAGGCAUUGUGCUUUGUCUACAAUGGUGCGUUUCUAUCAUAUCCUUUUUGAGGUUUCAUUAGCUCUGGAUGGCAGUUGAAGUUGACAGCAAGACUUUGUGGUGGUGAUUGCUUUGGUCUAUCAACAUGUGGAGCAGGAGAGUGGUUUUUUGGAGGCAUUGAAGUGCAGCCAAGCCAAAAAAAUUACUACUUCUGAUGGCAGAUUAGGUCACUUGCUGUGCUUGUGCUUGAGCUUGUCAUGCCACGCUCAGUGAAACUCUUAAUGAAUGCAGCAGCACACAAGACACAAUUAAUGUGCACACAAGUCCACAAUUUUAGGGCUAUGGGCUCUUGUUUAUGAACAGGUACACGCCAGCAAGGGAGUAUCUAAAUGACCCAAUUUAUGGUUUCAUUUGAGUGUUGCGUUGCACAGAAAUGUAUCUGCUGCUUUUUAAGCUGUAAAUCAAGGUGUGUGCAUCUUGCGCUAACAGCUUACAUGACUAUUUUUGGCCUGUUUUCUAGAGGCAUGGUCAUAAUAGUAGCAUUGUUGGACGAGUGCCCAUUGUUUCAAAGAAAACUGAACAUGAAAAAACAAAAAUUAUAUAUUAAAUUUAAAUUGUGAUGCAGCUGUUUUUUGUCAGUUGUAUAUACAUAUUGUAGUAGACAAACAAUAAAUUACAAUAAUUAGCAGCUUUAUGAACAUUCUAAAGCAUUUCAGGAUUUCAUAAGUAAUUGUAUCAUUUUUUUGCAAAUUUUAGAAAUCUCUAGAAUUUUUUUGUAGUUAUUUAGAAGUUUUAAGGAAAAUUUUAUACUAUUAUCCACGAACUUUUUAAAUCCUCCAAAAAGUUCAUAUAGAAGAUUUUUUGGUUGGGUAGAUAUUUUAGAGUUCCCACGACCUUUUCUAGAACCCAUUAUGUGAUCUAGCUUGUAUAGUAUGGAUAAAAAGGUAAUGCAAGAUAUUCUUUAAUUUUGUUGA